UUUGAUUCAUUGUGUUAUCACUACAGGCUUCUGCUAAACAUGAAAGAAAAACAAAACAAAAAUGUUCCUAUGUGAGAAUCAUUAGGAUACUGAACUGAGUGCAGAACUGUCUUACAUCCUGUCGUCUUCAGUCUUCCAGAAAAGAACAAGAACCUAGAGAUUGGGAAUUAAAUUGAAAUUCCACUAGUCUAAAUGGCAGUCAAAACCAGGUUAGAAAUGGAGGACUUGCAGUUUAAUCAGGGUCUCUUUUMAACCUCCUUUUUAAUCAGCAUAUUCCUCCUGAACUGAAGAAUAAAUGGGAUCGGAAAUGAAUUUAAUAGGACAUCAUCAGCUAGCCGCUGCUGGUGGAUUUCCUCUCCCUGAAGGUCCUCAUUUGUUUGGUGUCCUUUCAGAACCAAUGAGUUCUCCAGUGCAAGAGGCAGAUGUGUCACCUUAUGCACAGUACAACAAUGUGCCAUUUCCCCAAGUCCAGCCUCAGAUCUCAUCGCCACCUUAUUACCCCAACCUAGGCUUCUACCCUCYGCAGCACGAGGAAUGGUAUUCCCCUGGGAUGUAUGAACUCAGGAGGUUACCCUCAGAGACCUUUUUCACAAGAGAGACAGAGAUAAUGGAUAUUCCUGCAGCCAAAAAGCCUAGACUGGGUCACUCCACAGGAAGAGUGAAAGGAGAAGAGCUCUGUGUGGUCUGUGGUGACAAAGCCUCUGGGUACCACUACAAUGCCCUCACUUGUGAAGGAUGCAAAGGGUUCUUCAGAAGAAGCAUCACAAAAAACGCAGUGUACAAGUGUAAAAAUGGAGGCAACUGUGAGAUGGACAUGUACAUGAGGAGAAAAUGCCAGGAGUGCCGUCUGAGGAAAUGCAARCAAAUGGGCAUGUUGGCUGAAUGUAUGUAUACAGGUCUCCUAACAGAGAUACAGUGCAAGUCAAAAAGGUUACGGAAAAACAUGAAGCAGCCCCCAGAUCAGACAGUCAMUGAAGACAACGAAGGCCAUGAUGUGAAGCAAGUAACAUCUACAACUAAAAUAURCAGGGAGAAGGUAGAAUUUACCCCAGAACAGCAGAAACUUCUUGAUUAUAUCAUGGAUUCAUACAGCAAACAACAAAUACCACAGGAGGUGUCAAAAAAGCUAUUAAACGAAGAAUUCAGUGCUGAAGGAAAUUUUCUGAUUUUGACAGAAAUGGCUACCAGUCACGUGCAGGUUCUUGUGGAAUUCACUAAAAAGCUACCAGGCUUCCAAACCCUUGAUCAUGAAGACCAGAUUGCUUUGCUGAAGGGCUCAGCAGUAGAAGCCAUGUUCCUCCGUUCAGCUGAGAUCUUCAGCAGGAAACUUCCUUCAGGACACACUGUCCUUUUAGAAGAAAGAAUCCGCAACAGCGGUAUCGCAGAUGAAUUCAUAACUCCCAUGUUUAAUUUUUAUAAAAGCGUUGGAGAGCUGAAGAUGACACAGGAAGAAUAUGCACUGUUAACAGCCAUAGUUAUCCUGUCUCCAGAUCGCCAAUACAUAAAGGACAGAGAUUCUGUGGAAAGRCUUCAAGAACCACUGCUGGAUAUUCUACAAAAAGUCUGCAAACUUCACCACCCGGACAACCCUCAACACUUUGCAUGUCUUCUGGGUCGUCUCACAGAAUUACGGACAUUUAACCAUCAUCACGCAGAGAUGCUGAUGUCAUGGAGAGUGAACGAUCACAAAUUCACACCUCUUCUCUGUGAGAUCUGGGAUGUGCAGUGAUGGAUACUUUUAAAUUUUAUUUUAGGAGAAAUAUCYUUUUAAAGGGCCACAUAACAUUUAUUUUCAUAGAAAAGUAUCCCAUGGUGCAUUAUAUUUUCUUUAUUGCAUUUUUAUAGAAACAUGCCAUGGAUUCAUGAAAGUAAUUUUGUUCACUGUGCACAGAAUAUUGUAUAGCUAUCAGAUCCUCACACGUGACAACAACUUUUUUUCGUAUUUAUACACUCUGAUCAGAAAGAGCCCACCAGCCCUUCAAAGGCACCCAAUUAAUUCCUGUUGCAAUUAAGCUGAUUGCAGUUACAGUUCCUCUGUGAAGAAAUGAGGAAAUACAAGUUUCCAUUCAUAUUUUUUCACUGAAGUGUUUUUUUUUGUACUUUACCUCUGUCAAAGAAUACAUUCCAGAUAGCUACGGUAAUGAACCAGCCAAAAUGAUUAAUGCCAUAGUCAUUUGCUGUUCAACUGUGAAAUGUGUUCAUGUAAGGUGUGCAAGAUGUCAUUUCUUCACAAGAUAAAAAUUAUGUAAUGGAGAAAAACCAUACACACACACAAAAACUCGUUUCAUGAUAUAACGUGUAACUUCAUUUGCAUUAUUAUUUCAAAG